AUGAGCAACAUCGAGCUCGACGUCCGGCCAAGAAGAAAAAACGACGAAGGCGAAGGCGAAGAAGAAGAAGAAGCAAAAGGAGCGAUGCCAUCGACGACACAAUUCUCGAUUGUUCUACUCGUGCUCAUCUACCAAUUGUUUCCGGUGGCCGCCGAUUGCGGUUGCGGACCGAAAUGUGUCAAUUAUUCGGACGCGACGAAAUGCACGAGAUGCUGCACGCACGCCGUCAAGCGCGCUCUUCGACAUGCCGCCGAUGCUCGACGCCAAUUCGCGUGGUCCGACAUCGACUAUCAUCAUCGGCCGUGGAAGACGCCCGAACCAUCCACCAAUCUUUUGCUGUCAAAGAUCAUCGACUACCUGCGGACGAAAUAA